AUGACCCCGCUCCCCGCAGGCCCCGGCAGCGAGCCCCCGGCACAUGACCCCGCUCCACGCUCCCCGCGGGCCUCGGCAGCGAGCCCCCAGCACAUGACCCCGCUCCACGCUCCCCGCGGGCCUCGGCAGCGAGCCCCCAGCACAUGGCCCCGCUCCACGCUCCCCGCGGGCCUCGGCAGCGAGCCCCGGCACCAUGACACCGCUCCACGCUCCCCGCAGGCCUCGGCAGCGAGCCCCCAGCACCAUGACACCGCUCCACGCUCCCCGCAGGCCCCGGCAGCGAGCCCCUCACGCCGCGGCCGUUUCCCGCCCGCAGAGCACGGGCCGCGCGCCCCGCCCCGGGCCGCUCAAGCCCCGCCCCCGGACACGGCCCUGCCUCGUGCCAGUCUUCCCCCUCGCCGGGAGAAGAGCGCCCUCGGCCAAUCAGAGGCCUUCCCUCGAGCGCCGUCCGCGCGGCUAAUGGCCAAUGGGGAGCCAGCACCUGAGGCGAGGGCGUCGAGGCGGUUAACGGUUGACAGUUGA